UAAACUUCCUUUCACUGCAGAAUAUUUUGGCUUGCUGUAGCUGCAUUACUCACAAAAACACCAAAUUUUGUGAAGCAGUUGAGUGAAGUUCAAAUGGAAAGCUCCAAGGUACUACUUCUGGUAUCCUUGUUGUUUUACUUCACGCCCCGGCUCAACGCGUUGGACACCAUCUCUGCAGGACAAUCUCUGAAAGGUAGUGAGACUCUAAUCUCACAAUCAGGAACUUUUGAAGCUGGAUUCUUCAGCUUUGGAGAUUCAAAUAGCUUCUUGUACUUUGGUGUAUGGUACAAGAAUAUUUCUCCUAGAACAGUUGUGUGGGUGGCCAAUAGAGAUACCCCACUAGGAAACUCCUCAUGUGUUUUGCAGUUGAAAAAUGGAAGAAAGCUUGUUAUUCUUGACAGUAUAGGAGCAACCAUCUGGUCCUCCAAUUUAUCAGCAACUGCAAAGAAACCAGUUGUGCAGCUUUUGCAGUCAGGAAACCUUGUAGUGAAAGAAGCGAAUAGUUCUGCGGCUGCGAAUUUUCUGUGGCAAAGCUUUGAUUAUCCUGGUGACACUCUACUUCCAGGGAUGAGGCUCAGAAGUAGCAAGGUAAGUGGCCAGAAUACAUCUUUGACAUCUUGGAGAAACACACAAGAUCCUGCCAUAGGGCCAUAUUCAUUCUUUAUCGAUACUCAUGGCCUUCCUCAAGCAGUUAUUACAUAUGGAAGGACCUUGUUGUUCAGAGCAGGAUCAUGGAAUGGCUAUUUUUUCGCGGGGAUUCCGUCGCAAACGCUGAAUAAGUACUUUAAUUUCACAGGGAUUGUGUUAACUGGGACGAAUGUUUCUUAUGGAUAUGAACUUUUGAGUAGUUCCAUUAUUUCAAGGUUCAUCCUCACUUCAACAGGGAUUGUGCAGAGUUUUUUGUGGUCAGAUCAGACAGAGAGUUGGCAGCUUCUACUAGCUGGCCCUGUUGACCAGUGUGACAAUUACGCAAUUUGCGGCGCAAAUGCUAAUUGUGAUGUUAACAACACUCCAUUUUGUGACUGCCUGCAUGGUUUCAUUCCCAAGUCACUAGAAAAAUGGAACUCUUUAAAUUGGUCUGGUGGGUGUGUUAGGAGAACAAAAUUGGAGUGUGAUAGCAGAGAUGGGUUUCUGAAGGUUCCAAGUGUGAAGCUUCCCAACACGUCUCACUCGUGGUUUAACGUGAAGAUGAACCUGAAACAGUGUGAGAACAUGUGUUUGAAAAACUGCUCUUGCACUGCAUAUGCAAAUUUGGAUAUUAGAGAUGGUGGAAGUGGUUGCUUGCUUUGGUUUAGUGACAUUGUAGACAUGAGAACUCUACCAUAUGGAGCACAAGACCUUUAUGUAAAAGUAGCAGCUUCAGAACUAGGCCAUAAAGGGAACAAAAAGCUCCUGGCAGGAAUUCUAGCAGGCUCUAUUUCCCUAAUCUUGGUUAUAAUAUUAAUUGGAGUGGUCAUCCUGUGGUGGAGAAUGAAACUUAAGAAGAAAGAUAAGAACAAAACAAAAAUAUGGAGUCACACUGAUGUGAGAGAAAAUGAAGAUAUUGACAUACCAAUAUUUGAUUUUUCAACCAUAGCCAAAGCUACUAACCACUUCUCUAUCUCUAACAAAUUGGGAGAAGGUGGAUUUGGUCCAGUUUAUAAGGGUACACUAACAAAUGGGCAAGAUAUAGCUGUAAAGAGACUUAGCAACAAUUCAGGUCAAGGAUCGGAAGAGUUCCUAAACGAAGUUGCGCUCAUAGCGAAUCUCCAGCACCGAAAUCUCGUGAAACUUAUUGGGUGUUGCAUUCAAGAUGAUGAGAGACUUUUGAUUUAUGAAUUCAUGAUCAACAGAAGCUUGGACAACAUCAUUUUCGAUCAAAUAAAAAGCAGCUUACUGCAUUGGACUCAACGCUUUCAAAUUAUUAGCGGGAUUGCUCGAGGAGUCCUCUAUCUUCAUGAAGAUUCAAGACUAAGGAUUGUCCACAGAGAUCUCAAGACCAGUAACAUUCUUCUUGACGAACAUAUGAAUCCAAAAAUAUCAGAUUUUGGUCUUGCUAGGAUAUUUGGGGUAGAUGAAGCUGAAGGAAAAACAAAAAGAGUAGUGGGAACCUUUGGUUAUAUAUCUCCUGAAUGCAUCCGAGGAUCUUUCUCUGUGAAAUCAGAUGUCUUUAGCUUUGGUGUCAUUGUACUAGAGAUAAUUUGUGGAAAGAAGAACAUGGAAUUCUUUCACAAUUAUAAUCUUGACCUUCUAUGCUACGCAUGGAGAGUGUGGAGUGAAGAGAAGCCUUUGGAAUUGAUAGAUGAAUCACUAGGUGAUUCAAUGGCACUAUCUGAAGUGUUCAGAUGCAUUCACAUUGGGCUCUUAUGUGUACAAGAGAGACCAGAGGACAGGCCAGACAUGUCAGGUGUAGUUUUAAUGCUGAAUGGUGAGAAAUCAUUGCCCAUACCAAAGGAGCCUGCAUUUUAUCCACAACAAUUUGGUUCUUCUUCAAACAAUUAUGAACUGGGCUCAACCAAUGAAAUUUCUGUCACACAAUUAGAUGCAAGGUAGUUUGUAAAGACUAGUUUUACAAAGAUGAAAAAUUGUUGCAGCACAUUUUCAUCACAAUUAGUAUUUGAGUUCAAUUUAGUUUCCUGAGCCUUCUUGUACAAGCAAGAGCUUCAUCCGAUAACUGUACUUAAAGACCAUCUGUUGUGAAAGGACAUUUCUAUAGUUCCUUUUAUUCCCUUAAAUAAGAACACAUGUUACAUAGAA